GAGAUGUCUCUUUGUUUGCACACAGAUCAAUUUCUGUUUUGGUAUACAUGUUGGAAAUGAACAGAACCACUUUUCCAUCCAUCCAUCCAUCUUCUAUACCGCUUAUCCUUUCCGGGGUCACGGCGAACCUGGAGCCUAAACCCAGGGAACAUCGGGCACAAGGCGGGGUACACCCUGGACAGCGUGCCAAUCCAUCACAGGGCACAAUCACAUACACACUCACACACCCAUUCAUACACUACGGACACUUUGGACCAGAACCACUUUUUUUGUGGAUUUUCCAACCCCCAUGUACUGUAUAGGCCUGCUGCAAAGCAGUCAUCCAUGAAGUAGGCAUCCGUUAAAUCUAUAGUACAAAACAAUCAUGUUGGUUUAUCAGAUUUAAUCGAAUUGAUUGCCAGGCAAAAGAAUGUUUAAGUUAUGAUCUCUGACGUAUAAAUAAAAAUGUAAGGAAUGUCUGGAUUGCUGCAAGUUUUCAUUCCAAGCAUGCAAAAGCCACGCCUGACCCUACGAGUGUAAUUUUUGUCUUCGGUGUGGGUAGGUGUCGUUCAAAUUUGGAUGUAAUGAACACCUGUGUGGCUGGCAUGGUGCUGCAGCAGGUAGAGUUGCUGCCUCAUAGCGACGGGGUACUACGUUUGAUCCUCAUCUCGGGCAACUCUGUGUGUGAAGUUUCAUGUUUUUUCCAUGUUUGUAUGGGUUUCCUCUAGGUUCUCCGGUUUCCUUCCAUCUCCCAAAAACAUUCUGGCGGAGGCAAGACUGGCGGCCAAGCGGGCGGCCCGGGCGGAAGCUCGAGAGAUCCGCUUAAAGGAACUGGAGAGGCAGCAGAAAGAGAUUUAUCAAGCUCAAAGGAAAUAUUAUGGGCUGGACAGCAAAUGGGGCCAUAUUGAGCAGUGGAUGGAGGACAGCGAGCGCUACUCCCGCCACUCAAGGAGACACACGUCGAUCUCAGAUGACGAGGAGCGGAUGUCUGUUGGAAGUCGGGGCAGUUUGAGGCCUACGGACUAUGGGGGGUUUUUGGGCUCCAGUUCCAGAACCUCUUCACGGGCCAGUUCAGCUCGGGCCAGCCCAGUGGUGGAAGAGAGGUCGGACUUCCUGGAAAAGGGAUCAAGGACGGCAUCUACUCUCUCUGCUGCCACUUUGGCCUCACUAGGUGGGGGCUUUUCUCGGAGAGGUAGCUGUGAUACCUCCAUAUCGGUUGACACAGAGGCCUCCAUACGAGAUAUAAAGGACUCUUUGGUUGAGGCUGAGGAGAAGUAUCGAAAGGCCAUGGUGUCCAACGCUCAGCUGGAUAAUGAAAAGUCCAACCUGAUGUACCAGGUGGACACACUGCGAGACACACUAAUGGAGCUGGAGGAGCUGCUUUAUGAGACACGCAGGGAGUGUGAAGUGAAAACAAAGGAGUGUGAUCGAGAGCGGCAUGCUCACAAUGUCCUGCAGUUCCAGUUCGAUGAGAUGAAGGAGGUGUUAAAACAGAACGAGGAAUUACUAAAGGAUACACAACAGUUGCGCUCAAAGCAAGUGAGCUAUGUUAGCGAGAUCUCUGAUCUACAGGAAACUCUGGAAUGGAAGGAGAAAAAAAUCGGGGCCUUAGAGAGGCAGAAGGAAUAUUCGGACAUAAUCCGAGAUGAACGUGAUGCACUGAGGGAUGAGGUUUUCCGGCUCAGGGAUGCUCUAAAGAAACACGGCAUAUCUCUUGGAUCUGAGGUGACAACAAAUGGCGAGACAGGGAGCAACAUGACUAAUGGACCUGAACGCGUAGAAUCAGCUCAGGAUACACCAGCUGUGAGUUCUGACAGUGUUUUAGAGAGAUCUCCAGAGGAUCGAGUGCCUGAAAUGGACAGCACUUCAUGCACGGAAGAAGAAUCCAAGAUAGAAAGAGAUGAAGAUACAGCUUCUGGUGCAAGGGCAUCAUGCAGUGUACAGCUUCAAGAGGACUGCAGAGUUCCUGAAGCAAAUGAACUUAAAAGGGGUCAUUCAGUUUGUGUUGAAAAUGUAUCGGACGAAACAGUUCAAGAAAGUGUGGUAGCACAAAAUGAAGGCAUGAUCAAAGUGGGAAAACAUGUGAAGAAACAAAACAAGCAAGUGGAAGAACCUUGGAUAGAGCAGGACACAAGAGCCACGGAAGUCCCGGAAAGUCCUUUGAUUCAAGAUGUAAAUGAAACACUUGCACCAUCCCGAUUUAUUAAAACUAACAAUCAGCUCGAUCCUACAACUAGUCAUACAAACCAAGCAGAUGAAGAAACGUUGGAGAAAAUGGAGCUACCUGGAACCACCAAAAGCUAUCAAGAUCUCAGAAAACCCAUUCCCCGCACGGAUGUCGAGAUGACCAGCACCAGAAGAGGGGAUCGUUCUUCCAGUAGUGGGCAGGACUCUGAAACAGAGCUGGAACUUGAAUCAGGGGAUGUUCACAGUGGUUUGUUUACCAUCCCUGUGGAGGAGAAAGGCAUUGCUUCAUUUUUAGACAGUUGCCAAGAAGCUUUGGCACUGGACUUUGAAGUCAUACGGCUAAAUAAAGCAGAUAAGGCCAGAAUUGUGCAUCAGGAAGAGACAAGCCCUACUUCAGAUGACACGAAACACAACAGGAUGAGGCUUAGUAACAAGAGAGGACAGGAGUGUAAUGUGUCCUAAAUUUACUUUUAUACAACCAAGCAAAUAAAAAAUAGUGUUCAAAACAAAAAUAGUACACCACCAAUAAGUUUGGGAUUAAUUAAUCAUUAAGUGUCAGUUUCUCAGAUCUAAUAGUACUCUAUCUGACAUAUAUCGACUUAAACCACUAAACCAUGCAGUAUUAACGUGUAUUAACUUGUAUGUAAUCAAUAGUACCUAAUUAUGCCUUUCCCAUAUAUUUACAGACUCCUCCUAAAGUAUUAGAACAACAAGGCCAAUCAAAGUAUGUAUAGGAGAUGAUGGAUAUAGAUAUUUACAUCUAAAUGUGUUAACUAACUUGGAACAUGGCACCUUUUUUUAACCCACUCAUUUUCUAAGUGAUAAAAAUACUGGAACACGUGACUGACGGAUGUUACUUGUUGCCCAACUGUGCCCUGUUAGAUUGUUUAAGCAAUUAAUAGCUCGGAAUGUUUGCUCUUGGUUUGAGCCCUGGGUUUCACCUGCGAAGACUGCAUUUGUCGUUAAAAAGUAUAAACCAACUUUGGUUUAGAGCUGUCUAAGGGAGAAAACCAAGCCAUUUUGAAGCUGAAAAAAUCAGUCAAUGCAUAAGCAUCGGGCAUAGCCAGUACAACCAGUUGGAAUGUCCUGAAAAAGAAGUAAACCAUUAGUGUAUUAACAACCAUACAUUGAACAAGUCGGCCAAGGGAAACAACAGCAAUUGAUGAGAGAAACAUUGUGAGAGUCGUGAAGAAAAACUCAACAACACUCAGUGACAUCACCAGCAACCUCCACAGGGCAGGAGUGAAGGUAUCACAAUCUACUGUUUGAAGAAGACUUUAAGAGCAGAAAUAUAGAGGACACACCACAAGAUGCAAACCAUUCAAGAAUCAGAAAGCCAGAUUGGAUUCAUAAAGAAAUACAGAGAUGAGCCACAAAAGUUCUGGAACCAAGAUUCACCUCUACAAAAGUGAAGGAAAGUCCAAAGUGUGGAGAAAGAAACGAUCUUCUCAUAAUCCCAAACAUAACAAGCUCAUUGGUCAAGCACGGUGGAGAUAUUGUCACGGCUUUGGCUUGAAUGGCUGGUUAAAGGCUCAGUAAUCUUUACUGAUGAUGUAACUCAUGAUGGCAGCAGCAGAAUGAAUUCAGAAGUUUACAGGACCAUUCUGUCUUCCAAUUUACAGAGAAAUGCAUCCACAUUAAUUGGGAGGUACUUUGUCAUGCAGCAAGACAAUGACCCAAAACACUCUGCCAACUCAACAAGGGACUUCAUCAAGGGGGAAAAUGGAAGCAUGCACUGAGCAGCAUUUCACCUACUGAAGAACAAACAGUUGAAAGAAGCUGUGGUAAAAUCCUGAAAAAGCAUCACAAAAGAAGAAUGUUUGGUGAUGUCAGUGGGCCGUCGGCUGGAUGCCGUUAGUGCAAGCAAAGGAUAUGCAACCAAAUAUUGUUUGCAACCAAGUGUCGUUUACUUUAAAUUACUUUAAGACUGUCUGUACCUAUACUGUUACUCACUUAAAAAUUGGGCCGUCUGCCACCAAAGGCGCCAUGUUCUAAGUUGCUUAACACAUGUACAUGUAAAUAUCAGGAAAUAAAGCUGAAAUUCUAAUUUAUCGUCUCAUAUUCAUCUUUUCAUCUCACACCCACAUCUUCCUUGUACGGCGAAAAAAUUUUUUUGCUGUUCCAGUACUUUUGGAGGGGACUGUAUAAAUGACUUAUACUAAAAUAAUUUCUCAGUUCAUUUAUACUGCGCCUUUUUCUAACUUUGAUUUUCUAGAGCAUGUAAAAUUAGCCCAUUUCUUUCAAUAAAAAUAUGAAAAUAUCGUCUAUUUAAAAACCUGACUGGCAGCGUAUGUUAUUUUUAAUACUGUAUGUUAUAUCUUUAGAAAACGUUAAUUCAUAGUAGGCUGUCUGAUACUGAAUUAACGUUUCGAAAGUAAAUCAGUCUAAUGACUUUCAAUAACGAUUUUUAAAGUCCAAUUUGGAUCGUUUUACUAUGAAUAGCUCGAGUGUCAGUAUCAGUGUUUUCACGAACAAAAACAGCAGCUCCACACUGGAAAGGAUAUUGGAACAAACAAAAAUUAAGUGUUUCCCUAAGAUUAUAUUUGUAUAUAUACAGUAUCUCACAAAAGUGAGUACACUUCCAGUGACCAGUAUGAGGGAGUGUGAGAGCGAUGACACAGAAUUUAACACACCUGCUCCCCAUUCACACCUGAGACCUUGUAACACUAACAAGUCACAUGACACCGCGGAGGGAAAAUGGCUAAGUCGGCCCAAUUUGGACAUUUUCACUUAGGGGUGUACUCACUUUUGUUGCCAGCGGUUUAGACAUUAAUGUCUGUGUGUUGAGUUAUUUUGAGGGGACGGCAAAUUUACACUGUUACACAAGCUGUACACUCACUACUUUACACUGUAGCACAGUGUCAUUUCUUCAGUGCUGUCACAUGAAAAGAUAUAAUCACAUAUUUACAACAAUGUGAGGGGCGUACUCACUUUUGUGAGAUACUGUAUUAUGUCAUGCAAGAAAACCUUUAAAAAUGUCCUAAGGUGUUAACCUGGUUCAGUCUGGCUGACAAUUAAUGGUACCCCAUGAGCAAACAUUAAAUAUCCACUAGUUCAGAAGGAAACAAUGACACUGAAAGAAAAGGAUGUAACCAAUAUCCAAACAAAGAUUUCAGAAGUAUUUUUGUAAUGUUAUGUAUUGAGGUUUGCUGACAAAUAAAAUCUUCCCUUUAUUUAUAUCCUUGUUUUUCACCUUACUCUGCAAGGCUUCCAUACUAAGGCUGCUGAAUCUUUUGGGCAUAAACUUGAUUUUAUUUUAUUUAUUUAUUUUUUUUUUAGGUUAUAGAUGCACCCUCAGUCGAGGCUCAAAUGAGUGAAUACAAAAAAAAAAAAGAAAGAAAAAUUGCACUAAACACACAUUUCCAGGGAAAUUACUGAGAAUUAUUAAAUUAUUUCCCUACAGUGGUUCUCUGCGUUGUAGUGCGCUGCUGAUGUAGCAUACCAGUUUAUUUUUUACAAAACAGCUAUUAACUGGAGCCUAUAACAAAGAUAUGAAGUGAAUGGGCAUCAUGUAUAAAAGCAUAAGUUAUAAUUGGAUCAUACUGAAUAUUUCCUGAAAAUAUUUUAUCCUGAGAAUUUGCAUGCAAUGGCAUGAAACUUGAUAUUCUUGGUAUUUAAAAGACUUUUUUUAAAUGAUAAAAUCAAUGUAAGUAUUUUCUCGUACAAAAUUCUCAUAGCCUAUUCUAUACCUUCUUGUGUGUGUGUGUGUGUGUGUGUGUGUGUGUGUGUGGUUAAAAUUGUCUACACUCACCAUACACUUUAUUAGGAACAUCUACCCAGUAUUAAUACUUGGUAGGACCCUCCUUUGCUUAGAACAGCCUGAAUCCUUCAUGACAUGGAUUCCACAAGGUGUUGGAAACAUUGCUUUGAGAUUCUGGAUUGUGUUGACGUUAUUGCAUCACAUCAUUGCUACAGAUUUGUUGAGCUGCACAUUCAUGCUGUGACGCUCUUGUUCGACCAAUGCUCUAUAAAGGGAAGCCCAUAGUCAGCAACAACACUCAGAUAGGCUGUGGAAUUCGUACCCUGCACGACUGGUAUUAAGCGGCCCAGUGUGCGCCAAAAAAACAUUCCCCACACUGUUAUACCACCACCACCAGCCUGAACUGUGAACUGACACAACAUAGCUUGGAUCCAUAGAUUCAUGCUGUUGACAGUUCUGACCCUACCAUCUACAUGUUGCAGCAGAAAAUACCCCCCCCAUUCUAAUGUUUGCUGUGAACAUUAACUGAAGCUCUGAAUUUUAUGCAUUGCGCUGCUGCAAUAUGAUUGGCUGAUUAGACUGCAUGAUUGCUCAGGUGUUCUUAAUAAAGCAGACAGUGAGUGUGUCGUGUUUUUCUGCGUUAUUCCUACUUGGCUAUACAAUUUAACAUUUCUCUCUACUGCUAUCGAUGUACUGUAUAUUCUCUAAAGGAGUAUAUGUAAUACGUUGAUGGAGGUGACUGCUUUGAAUGAGAAUUUAGCUUUUACACACAAAUAUCCAUCGUGCAUCAUGGUUCAGAUCGUCAUUUGUAUGUUUCAU